GAAGAUAUCAAAUCUAUGGGAAUGUAUCCAGUCAUUCUUCUACUGGCAAACAAUGUCUUGAUAAAAUCAAAACUAAUUGAAAAUAAGUGAACAGAUGAACAUUUCCUGGAGAGAAUUGUACAUAUCAAAAUUGUUUUCAAUGUUUCCAUUUUGGCUGCAUGCCAAGAGAUCGAAAAUAACUUCUAAUCUUGUGUUCUAAACCCAACCUAAUCCGUAAACAGAAAGAGCAUGGCAUCACAUUUAUAUCUGAUGCUUCUGAUAAUUCUAAGUGGAUAUUUUCGUAAUGUCGAUGCAUCUUGUGAGGUACCCAAGUGCACCUGCAAUAUAGGUGGUGAGGAUGUCGAGGUGGAACAAAAUCUCGCAGGAAACGAAGCUUUGGCGGGAACCGUGGGAGCAUUAAGUUCACUUCUUCUCACCGGAAGUGGUAUAGGAAUGUACAUGCUCUAUCAGAAACGUUGCAAAACUCCAAAGAUAUCGAGGCAGGUUUCUGAUUUAUCCAUCAGUAAACAACCACCAUCUGGACGAAACAAACUGUCACCCCCGCCACCGUAUCGCCCUGACACCUCUGCCUCCAGGAAUAUAUACCGUGCUGCAAUGCACGAUCCAACAAGUCAUCGCGUGGGCAACCGCAGCAACACACAGCACAGAUAUGACCGGAUGUCGGACUGGAAUUGAACAAAAUAUCAAAACUUUUCAUUGAUGUCCAUGAAUAAUUUCUAAAUUAUUGUGAAUUUUAAGCUAAAACGUAAUACAUUAAGUGUUUUUGAUUUUUAGGGGAAAAAAAGUUUGGUACGGGUGCUAGCGCUACACCUCUGUGAGCGGCUUUUUACAGGAAUCUUGUUUUUAAUAUGCAUCAUUUGUGUUUUGAACUAGAUAUUUAGUCAUAUUAUAAAAUGCUUUUGGUGCAGUAAAUUGACUAGCUGCAAUAAUGUAGCUCUAUCCGAUUUUUUUAUUCUGACGUUUUCGGGAUAGGACUACAAUUACAUAGGAUAUCCGUAAUGGUGCAAAAUGAUUUUAUGAAUAACCGAUAAUAAACUCCGUGUAUUAGUCCCAAAUGUUGUUUAUACCAAAAGGAGUACCAACUUUGUGCUUGGGCAUGUCUAAUAAAGUUGUUUUUCAUUAAACAUCAUUUACAGCAAGCAAAAUUCUUCGUCUGCUCCGCCAUGCUUAUUACCGCAAGAUCUCGUUGGUGGAUCUACUGAAAAACCUUAACACUGACAAUCUGCGCGAAAACGUUGUUAUUCGAGCAAUUUCGACAAAGAAGGGAAAAUCAUAUGGUUGCAGAAAUAAUUUACACUCUGCUAUUAUGUUUUGAUUUUAAAUCUAAACAUUUCCUGACUUUCUUUACGUAAAUAAAAUGAUCUUCUAUGUUUCUUAGUCAAUAUAUAAAUUUACAACCUGCAACUUUAGAUUUAUGAGGCUCUAUUCUACCGUUUUCAACAAUUUCGAUAACUUCCAUUUUCUCGAUUCAUAUUUGUGCGCCAUGUUUGAUGUACUGAAGUUUCAACUUCCGAUUGUCAAGUCAUUUGCAUAUGCCAUAUAAGGUAGUAUUUACAUCAAUGGACAAGUAUGGAGGUGAAAGCUAUUUCGUCGGUAUUGAAAAGGUUUGAAUUUAAUAUCAAGUUAAAAACCGAACAGCAGAGUGUAAAUUCUUUUUGCAACAAUAUGAUUUUCCUUUCUUUGUCGAAGUGGCUCGAGUAACUACAUUUUCGCGCUGAUUGUCAAUGUUUAGGUUUUUCAUUAGAUCCACCUACGAUAUCUCGCGAUAACAAGCAUGGCGGAGCAGACGAAGAAUUUUGCAUGCUGUACAUUAUAUUUAAUGAAAAACACGUUUAUUAGACAUGCCCGAGCACAAAGUUGGUACUCCUUUUGGUGUAAACAACAUUUGGGACUAAUACACAGAGUUUAUUAUCGGUUAUUCAUAAAAUUAUUUUGCACCAUUACGGAGAUCCUAGGGAAUUGUAGCCCUAUCCCGAAAACGUCAGAAUAAAAAAAAUUGGAUAGGGCUACAUUAUUGCAGCUAAACAACCAGGUGCUUUACGUUUUCUAUCCUUAUGAAUAUGGCAGUGGGCUUUGAAAAAGGUAUGAUUUAUCACAUGCAUGGUGCCAGAACUUUUAAAAUGAGAGAAAACGAGAAUGAUUGUUCAUAUCAUUUGAUUAAAUUGUCACAUGAUCCCAUGCGUUGGCAGCUUGCGUAAUGCGCCAUCUGGUGAGAGAAUGCAAACGCAGUGUGCACAAUUGAUAAUGCUUAUAGCUGUGUUUACACAUUGUCUUUAAGGAUGCUUACCAGCUGCAUUGCAACAACAUAAACUGCAAGAAAAUACAAAUUUAGUAAUUAGUCCAUGAAUGUCUGUGAAUAAAAUAGAUGAAACAAAAAUAGAAA